UUUUUUUUUUUGAAAAAGGGACCAUCGACAUCCGUAGACAAGCAGUGGUUGGAGGUGGCGUUGCUAUAAUUUGUACAGAAGGCCGAGCUGGCUGGCGGCUGAACCCUGACAGCGCGCGUUGUGGCGGGGCGGAGAAUAAGACAUUUCUGAUCUGUUGCUCAACUACUCCGUCCAGAGCACAGAAGGAGCUGAUGAUUAUUUCAUGCAGAAUUGGAAUUUGGUCUUAGGCGAAAAUAUGGGCUUUGAAACGGUGCGUCCAGUCACAGAAUGAGGGCAGUUGGCCUAAUGAUCACACAUCCAAUAAACCAGCGGCGCAAUGCCCAGGCAGGGAAGGCGCCGCGAAAGGGGACAACACAAUAAGGAUUAAUAUUGGACGGGGGAAGCAGGCAAGAAUCGGAAGGCCUUUUCUUGCAAGUUGCUGGCUGUAGGUCCGCUAAACCGUGGACUGGUAGCUAAUCGCUCGAUGAGACGAAUAGUAUCUCGAAUACUAAUCCCAAACUCCGCAGCCGAGCCAGACUGGUGGAUGUGAUAGUGCGAAGUUUGUUGGUGUUGCCCUGCACCAACCUCUCUGCUCCUCAGCAAUUGAUGGGGAUUCAUUCCUAGGAGAGGUGGCCACGAAAUGUGAUCUCAGGAUGGGAUGGGAUGAUAUGGCUUUGUUAACUAAUAAUGGGUUAGCCAGUGCUAAGCCUGUGACAGAGACAAAAAGAAGGAAGACGGAUGAGACAGAGAACAGCACUCUCUGGCGAGGAAGCGGAGGACGAGGCGGCGGACGACGACGACGAGGAGGAGGGGGAGGAGGAGGAGGCGAGACGCGGAACAGGACGAGGCUGGUGUUUGUCGCCUCCCCCUCUUUUUGCUUCCGCAGUCAACCUCACCCAGCCCGUAGUAGUCGGCUGUUGGUGGUAAAAGAUAAAAGAUAAAAAAAGACAAGACAGAACGUUGGGUUGGGGGUUUGGUCAGGAUGUCCGUGUUGAUGCUCUUGGAGACUUGAAUGCAGCUGCUGUCUUGUCUUGGCUCCUCUUCUUCUUCUUGUUCUUCUUCUUCUUCUUCAUCCUUCUUCAUCCUCUUCCCCGUCUUCGUCUUCAUUCUUUAUUCGUCUUCAUUCUUCUGUUCUCCUCUUUACCCGGUACCGUACCGUACCUCCUCUCCCUUCCCCAUGCCCAAGCUUUUAGCUCCAAAGUUACUCUACAUGUACAUGUAAAUACAUACAUGGCUCCCUCUGUCGCUGGAUUCUCUCUGACUCCCUGAUCUGAUCUGAUCUGAUCUGAUAUCGCCGAUCUCUGCCCACAUGUUGUUGAACUGUCCGGUUCUCUCGAGUUGUAACUACUACGUACUUUUGACAUAUAGCCUCUUCUAUUCAGCCGAAAGCUUUCUUGUUCCCCCUCAACUGUUCCCAGACGACAGCAACAGCCACUACAACAACCACAACAACAACAAGAACAAGAACAACAGCACCCUUCUACAACAAGAGCUCCUCUGCAAUACUAGGGUCUUCUGCCCUAUCUAGUCUCUUGUUAUACUAUAGGGUAGCUGAAUAAGGUAUCAUCGACUCUCUAGCAUCGUGUAAAAAGAAGGUUCUUUUGGGACAACGGUACCUAGGCACAGAGUACAGUGAGUACAGUACGUUUCUCUCUCUGUUUCUCUUGUCCUGAAAUCCUAAUCAUAAUCACCACGCCCUCACCGCUGCCCGCCCCCAACCAUUUCCAUCCUAACAAUUCCUGGUCGGAGUCUGUUCCGCAAACUUUGCUAGCUCCCGGGACAAGGAAUUUUUUUUCUUCUUUUAUUUUCUAUUUUUUUUUCCCCUUCCAAUUUUUCCAAUUUUUCCAAUUUUUCCCCUUUAUUGUUUUUAAAUCAAUUUCUGGUUUUGUUUUUCAUGUUAAAUAUACUACGACUCGUUCAUUUUUGUCUCUCUUUUCUUUUUACUUUUGCGGUCAUAAAGUUAACAUUUUCGAACUCUUAUCUUCGAAUCUAGGCAGGCCUCCUUCUGCGCGCAUUCCAGGCCUCUCUCAAACCUACAAUCGACCUCUGUUUCGCAUACAUCUAUCUUUUUUGAGUGGGUACUACUACGGCUGUAGGUGACUGCUUUUAGGAGGAGGGUCAGCCUGUUGAAUGAAACAUGGCGGGACAACGGGUCCAUGCGGAUUUACUACGGGAGGCCAUGCUAGAAAACGAUGACGAUAUAGGUUCUGUAACCCCUCCCGAUGGUAGCUCUGCUACACCGCAACCAGAGUUUACCGACAAGCGCUUCCCGAGCAUAAUACCCAGCUAUUUUCAGAAUACGCCACCUUUAACUCCGCGGGCCAUGUCAACAAAUGAAACUCCUCAACUAGAUAAAUCCUCUAGUUCCCCUGCGCAUGAGCAUCCUGAAUCAACAAAGUCGAGCAAGCGAACACCUCAGCAGUCAUCGUCUCGUUCUACUGGCAUAACGGAAGCUCAAGGUAUUCCGGUAGGGUCGCUAAAAGGGAAAUUAUCUGUCAAAAUAUCCGAGGGAAGGGGUUUACGACCAAGUUACGACCCUUACGUUGUGUGCGUCUUCGAAUUGAAUGAGUGCAUUUCCAAGGGCGCUCAGGCGGAGGAGGGGGAUGACGCUGGGACUACGAAGGGAGGGGAGGAUUCGCUAUCCUCUGUACCAAUCCAACGGUCAAACAGUGAUUCCGGGCGCCCAAUGGCAAUCCCAAUGAAAAGUCGACAGAGCAGUAAUAACAGUAUGUUGGAUAAUCAUGAUCGUAAAGAGGCAGGUGUGGUAACGGAUCCUCAGUGGAACCAUGAAGCCGUUUUUGAUGUCCUUGGAGACGAAUCGGAAAUUGAGGUUUCGGUUUAUGACAGAUCGAAUCAUGAAGCAUUUCUAGGUCAUGUAAAGUUGAGCGCCAGUUUCAAGGAAGAUAAUCAGUCUAUAGAGGGUUGGUAUCCUCUGGUGGCUCGUGGUCGGGGUGACGGCCAUGUGUCUGGGGAAAUACACUUGGAAAUGAGUUUUCAGAAAACGGAUAAGAAGCAGUUUGGGCCAAAUGAUUUCCAAAUCCUCAAACUCAUAGGGAAAGGGACGUUUGGGCAAGUAUACCAAGUGAGGAAAAAGGACACCCAACGAAUCUACGCAAUGAAGGUCCUUUCCAAAAAGGUGAUCAUUCAGAAGAAGGAAGUCGCCCACACGCUUGGUGAAAGGAAUAUCUUGGUUCGAACGGCCAUGACGAAUUCUCCGUUUAUCGUGGGUCUCAAAUUCUCUUUCCAAACGCCCACUGAUUUGUACCUUGUCACGGACUAUAUGUCGGGAGGGGAAUUAUUUUGGCAUCUACAAAAAGAGGGCAGGUUCCAAGAAGCUAGGGCGAAGUUUUACAUUGCAGAGUUGAUAUUGGCAUUGCAACAUCUACACGAACAUGACAUCGUUUAUCGGGAUCUCAAGCCCGAGAACAUCCUACUUGAUGCAAAUGGUCACAUUGCGCUUUGUGACUUUGGGCUAUCCAAGGCAAACUUGACAAAAAAUCAAACAACGAAUACGUUUUGUGGCACAACGGAGUAUCUUGCUCCUGAAGUUCUCCUGGAUGAGCAAGGUUACACGAAGAUGGUAGAUUUCUGGUCCUUGGGUGUACUCGUCUUCGAAAUGUGCUGUGGAUGGAGUCCCUUCUACGCAGAGGAUACGCAGCAGAUGUAUAAGAACAUCGCCUUCGGGAAAGUGAGGUUUCCUCGUGACGCUCUUAGUACUGAGGGACGCAAUUUCGUGAAAGGUCUACUUAAUCGAAACCCAAAACACCGACUAGGAGCUACGGACGACGCGAAGGAGCUCAUGGCCCAUCCAUUUUUCCAUGAUGUCGAUUGGGACGCCUUGGCCAAAAAGAAUGUGGCUCCUCCAUUCAAACCAAAAUUGAAGUCAGUGAUGGAUACGUCGUACUUCGACCCAGAGUUCACAACUGCACUGGACCAGGCCACUUCCCUAAAUGCGCGCGCUGCUGCACUUGCCGCUGGCGCCAUGCCAGCGUCAACACCCUUAUCGCCAGGCAUGCAAGCCAAUUUCCGGGGUUUUACUUUUGUCAAUGAGCGCUCCAUGGACCAGCAUAUGAAGGAUGUUUACAUGGAGGACGGCACAAAGCCAGAUGAUACCUGGGUAAAACAAGCGCACCCCCCCGCGAGCGGAAGGGAUCAUCGAAUGAGCGGGAUCGUAAAAACCAGCGAACACUCUGAAGGCGGUAUUUUCGGCGAUGAUGACUACCACUUUGAUAUGUGAACCUCUUGACGAAAGGGAAACGCAAAGAAGAAUUAAUAAUGAAUGAGAUUCUUUUUUUUUUUCAAUGCACAUACUACCUUACCUGUCUCUGUCUCUGUACAUCAUCAGGACAACUUUCAUUUCCCUCCGUUUCUUAUCCCUUUAAUUUAAAGAAAGAGAAAGAAAGAACAAAGAAAGAACAAAGAACGAAAAAUCAAAGAGAGCAUGUUUUCCUCCCGUUAUCUUAGCCCUUUUUAACUUCUUUUUUUUAAAAAAAAAAAUUAUCUUUUAUCAUGUUAACGGAUUGCAUGCGGGGUGAGGUGUUGCUUGUUGCCUUUUUGCAAAUGCGAUUAUUUAUUCUCUUGUUUACUGGAUGAACCCUGAAACGAAAAAAGAUCUCAAACGCGUAUACACACACCUGCCUAGUCGACGACGUGCCGCCUGCCCGUUGCGUUUAGCUAUCAUCUACGUCUCAAUUUUUCUUUCCUUUUUUUUUCUAUGUGUUAUACUCCUUCUCUUUUACUCUUUUGUUUCGAGGGAACAUAUUCCUCAGUUUCUGUUUAUUCGCAUCGCGUUACAUCAUUCGAUCGAUACAUCAAUUUCCGUUGUGCGGGAGAAAAGGAGGGGGGAAAACCUUUCCCCCUUGUCUUGCUCACUAUAUAUCUUACCUCCCCGCCCUCCUAUGCUCCUUAUUUCCCCCCUUUCCUUCUAUUGUUUUUACUACUUAAACGAUAUCACUUUCCAUUUUUUCUAUUUUUUGCUCAAAACCUUCCUUCCUCCUUGAAUCUGCGCGUUUUUUUCGCUCUAUAUUUUUUAGUCUCCUUUUCAUUCAAUCCUCAAUCCAAUCCUACUCUUUAUUUUUAUUUAUAUUUCUCUACUUGCAUAUUAUGGGUCAUAAAAAGAACAUAUUGGCAUCACAUAUUCAUAUUUUAUCCUGUGUUCUCGCUCUCUCUCUUCCUCCUCCCCUUUCUUCUCUUCUCAUUCCUUCUUAGGAUUUAUCAUAUCAUUUCACGAUAUCCUCUAGCGGGAUUUUAUCUAUAUCCUCUAGUUAUACUGUCAAAAAAAAAGCAUUUUUCUCCUCUCUUCAAUUUUUUCGAGUGACAUAACGGAACGUUGUGAGGAUUCAUGGGUUUUGAUAUCCCACGAGAAUGUGGCAUCGGUAUAUCAAUUCCCCCUUCAACCCCUUCAUCUUGAUUCACCCAAAUUUUAGUUCUCUACUUACAUGUUUUUCAUAGCACGCCUUUCUGUUCAUGAUUAUUGCUCCAAUCCCUAGCCAACACGGAGACGCAGGCGGGGACAGAAAAGUCGUCCAAUAUUAGUAUGUCCGAAUCCCCCUCAGCUUUCUCCCCUCUUUUGGCUCUCUCCACAGUAUAUCCUCUGUAUCAGGAUUUCUGGCCUUGGUGUAGUGAAGAAAUAAGCACGAAGUAAUAGUAUUCUUUGAUUGGAGAAGACGUCGAAAGCUUCGCUGCGAGGAGUGCGAGUAUCGUGUCCAAAAAGGAAAGGAAAGAAAGAAAAAAACCUCUCAAUGUCCCCUUGAUUAAACUUCAUUCUGUGUGCCUGUACAGAGUAGUAUUUCGUUAACUAAUGACAUAACUUAUGCAUAUAUUUCUUGUCACGUAACAACACCCAGUAAUAUUCUCCAUUAAAAAUCCACGCAAAAUUCAGUCAUUAUUAUUUACUUUACUCACGAAUUGGAACUCGUGAGGGUUUUUCUAGUA